AUGAAAGAAGAGCAGAAAGAGGAGAAGGAAGAGGAGGAGAAGAAGAAAGAGGAAUCUGCAGAUCAGUUAGGUGUAGCUACAUUAAUCGGGGACCUCGCUGCUAAACAUCCAGAUGUGACCCCCUUCACUGUCAUUGUCAUCUUGUCAUCCUUACUGGGGGUCGCCGGGGGUCCUCAGUGGAGACUCUUUGACUUAGGGACCCCGGUGCCAGGCACCGGUUGGACUGGCCUAAUUACUUCAUUGCUAGAAGUACCGUCACCGGUCACUGGUGCUCUAUGGAGAGACUUUACC